UUUGUAAUCGUCGUGCUCGUCACAUGAUGUGAAUGAUUUUGAUCCCCGUGGACAGGGUCGGCGUUGUUUAUGUGUUACAUUUUAUGCACAAAUAACAUCCCUGUUGUCAGAUAAAUGCACAGAUCUAGCUGACACUCACGAGUUGUCAAACGUUUCUCGUUUGAAGCCAUAAUUUGAUUCCGGGCACACCGAGCAACGCCAACGGAUCCAGCGAGAUGAAUUCAUGUAUUACAUUCAUUAGUUUCAACCUGUCACUUGUAAUCCUGUCGCUAUGGACAGCCUCCACUACACAAAGUAGACACACUAAUCGGAUCUUUCAACAUGAAGUUUGGAGCAAAGCCAACAAGUCAUCAACUGCAGAUCCUAGCAUCUUCUUCGCCUCCUACUAUGGGAAUCACAUGGUUCUACAAAGGGCACCGAAACAGGCCAUCAUCUGGGGGUACUCCCCGAACAUCAGAGAGGUCAUCAAGGUCAAGGUGGAAGGUCAGGAGACAGUCUCAGGAAGGGUUUACAAAGACAGCACCUACGGUGUCGGCAUCUGGAAGGUGACCUUGCCCCCUGUGUCCCAGCCAGGACCGUUUACAAUCACAGCCUCAUCAGCUACGGAGACGAUCACCUUGACGGAUGUCCUGUUUGGGGAUGUGUGGAUCUGCUCAGGCCAGUCCAACAUGCAGUUUACAGUUGAUAAGAUGUUCAAUGGCUCUGCUGAACUGGCUGAUGCAGUCAACUAUCCCCACAUCCGUCUGUUUGAUGUCUCCCUUGAGUAUUAUCCUGUAGAAACACUUGACCUGCUCUCCAUCAAUGAGGGCUGGGUCCUACCAAACAAGAGGACACUAGCUGAUGGUACUGGCGUGUAUUUCUCCGCUGUGUGUUGGCUGUACGGCAAGUAUCUCUACCAGGAACUGGGAUAUCCGAUUGGAUUGGUUGACACGUCGUACGGCGGAACACCCGUUGAGGCCUGGUCUUCAAGAGAUGCCUUAGCACAGUGUGGAAUUUCCUCUACAGAGAUUGUGGACUCGUUCAUGUACAUUGAUGAGAGUGAGAGGUACACACCCGGCUACCGGAACCAGCUCACCCCCACCCAGCUGUGGAACUGUAUGAUCCACCCUCUACUCAACAUGACCAUAUAUGGAGCCAUCUGGUACCAAGGAGAGAACAAUGCCAUGCCUGGCGCCAACACCCACAAGUACAACUGCACCUUCCCUGCAAUGAUCUCAGACUGGAGACUCAAGUUCAACCAGGGAUCACUAGGACAGACUGACAAACUCUUCCCUUUUGGAUUUGUUCAGCUGGGUCCCAUGAAUCCCAAUCCUCCCACAUCUGGCUUCCCAGAGAUACGCUGGCACCAGACCGCAGACUACGGCUAUGUUCCGAAUCCUAAGAUGGAGAAAACAUUCAUGGCUGUUGCCAUGGAUCUGGCAGACUUUAUCUCCCCCUGGUGGCCCGUCCAUUUUCGAGACAAAACAGAUGUGGGCAAGCGUCUGCUUGUUGGAGGUCUGAGGGUGGCAUACAAUCGGGACUUAUUGGCAGACGGUCCGAGGCCCAUGACAAUAACUGAAGGGACAAACACUCUCAACCUUACUUACAAACAACCUUUACUAUACCGUAAUCUGGAUGGAUUUGAGGCUUUGUGCAGUGUCAAGUCAAAGUUAAAUGGGCCACCUCCACCACAACCCCCCUACUGGACCGACGCUCCAGUCGUCUCCUCCCUAUCAACCAGCAUUGCUUUGUCCUCCACUGUGUGUGGGGAGGGGCAGACUAUCCUGGGACUCAGAUACAGCUGGAGGGAGUCCCCCUGUGCCUUCAAGACCUGCACGGUGUACUCGGCUGAAAACCCUCUCCUCCCUGGACCUCCCUUCCUGGUGUACCGGGAGAUGACCGGAGUGGCCGGGACAGUUCAUGUCAUAGACUGGAACACACCGACUGUCAUUCACUAAACAGUCUCCCUUCCUGGUGUACCGGGAGAUGACCGGAGUGGCCGGGACAGUUCAUGUCAUAGACUGGAACACACCAACUGCUAUUUGCAAUUAAUACAUGAUGAAUAUAGUAAUGCAUAGAGACUACAGUAAUGAUUCUAUAAAUAAUUAUUUGUUUACCCAAUAAGAAUGUCAGAUUUAUGUUUCCUACUGGGCAGUGGCUGGAGGCAGCAAAGUUGGUUUGAUUCCAAUUGAACAGGGGCAAGUUUUUCUUAGCAAAUUUGAGGGACUGUCAUAGAGCAUUGGUUAUGUUUUUAUUCAUGUGAAAAUUGAAAUACCUGGUCAAAAUAAUUGUUGUGCAGGUAAAUGUGCCAUAUGAGCUGUUGCUUUUGCAUCAGACAAGUACAAUGAUCACGCAAACACAACAUUUCUACCAAGCAACCCUUGCGUGUCUUAACGGGAUCGGUUGGUCAGGCCCGCUGACUUGGUUGACACGUCAUCGUCUGCAAAUUGUGUAGACUGAUGGUCAUGCUGUUGAUCACUGGAUUGUCUAGUCCAGACUCAAUUAUUCACAGACUGCUGCCAUAUAGCUGGAAUAUUGCUGAGUGUGGCAUAAAACUAAACUCACUAUGCUGGUAGGGGAUUCAGGGUAAGAAAACAUCCCCAGGACCCAAGCCUGGUUGACUGAAGAGAAUUGGAAUAUACAUUGCAUAGCCUGGCUGGUGGUUUGUCAUCAUGACCCAGUGGCAUUUGUCAUUGCUCAUGUUAUCAACCACUGGUUCACCUUGCUCAGGCUUCAGUACAAACAUUGAGCUAUGAGUAUUGCUGACUUCAGCAUAAAACAUCCCCUCAUCCUCACAUUGAGCUAUGAGUCUGCCAUUUCAUAAAAAAUCUCCACUUGCAUCUCAGGGCUAUAUUGUUUAUAUUUGGUACAUAUAUUUCCAGUUGUUACUACAAAUAACAUACCACAGAUGUGAUGUUUGAAUACUUUGCAUUCCUUCAUGAUGGUGAAUGUUAUGAGGUGUUAUAUCUAUUCCUGAAUCAUGUUAUCUUGCAAGAAAAUUAAUGAAUACAUGUUUAGCAAAUCAUGAGCUCAUGUGAUAUAUGGUUGGAAUAUUUUGUGUGUAUAAUGUUGACAGUGCCAAUGACCUGAUGGCAUUUCUUGUUGUGAACAUCUUCAAGUGAUGUCUUUCAGUGGCAUUUAGAAGUUGUACAUUGAUGUCCAAGAUAAUUUUAUGGAUUAAACUUCUUUUUAAUCGUUGUGAGGGAAAUUAAAAAGAAGUUUAAUCUAUAAAAAUAUCUUGGACAUCUUCAAGUGGUCUUGUUAACAUUUGUUGGAUGCAAUAUACGAGUAUAUAUGAUACAGAUGUAUAAACUGAUUGUAAUAAACAUGAUUAUUAGUG